AUGACCCCCGCUCUCCUCAAGCCCAUAUGGAUGCCCCAAGACGUCUGGGAUGGUCUGGAAGAUGCUGCGAGAAAUCUUCUCGGAGUGACAGCUAUCGUCAACCCAGAACUUGAAGGCAAUUCAGGCCACCAGAUCCAUAAUGCAAUGUAUGAUGGACCGCACAAGCCAGAUCCUUUUGAUCCCAGGGAACAGGAGGCUGAUCUAUCAGAAGAAAGGUCAUCCACCACCAUACCUGCAGAUCCAUCAACAGGAAAUGUCCCUGGGAGAAGUAGCAAGCCUGUAUCUACUAGGCAAGUUUUAGUACCAUCAGAGUCUGAAGAGAAGCCUUACCAGAAGAGUUUUAAUCAUUCGCUAUGUCCAGUCAGCCCCAGGAUCCGUUGCAUCGCCAAGCGCCAGAAAAUCGUGGUCCAGAUCAAAUCUUGCAACGAAAACAAGCAACCGCCUCACAAGUUGCAAAGAAGAUGCCUGAGAAGAAGGGGAAAUCUGUGGGAACAGAGCAACACCAUAUACAUACACAGAAGUCUAAGCCUGUAUCGCACAUGUAAGAAUGCAACUGUGGCUGUGAGGAAUUCACUGACCAUAGGGCCCUUCAGCGUAAACAGCAAUUCUGCAGCGAAGAAAUCACGUCGCCCACCAACAACAGGAGAUUUCCAUCGGAUGAUGGAUGCUGUUGAUGGCCUACUGGAACGGCAGGCUGAUAUGAUUGAUGUGAUGCACGAGCAGAAUGAGGUGUUGACAAAGCUUCAGGAAGAGCCUAAAAUUGAUUUGGAGAAGUUCCGUGCUGUUUGCAGUGUCAAAACCGGUGACAAGUGGCCAGCUCCAGGAAGAGUCCAUACAAAUGCUGAAACGCACGAAGUCUACAUGACCCCUGUUUUCGAGAAGAAUGUCCUUUAUGAAGAUAAUAUGACAAUCUUCUGCAAGGUUGCUCAUCUAGUCAAAGAGGAUAUCAAGACCAAAUGUCCAGAAGACUUGAAGCACUCGAAGGUUUAUUACACCCAUGAGACUUUGAUUGACUUUGCAAAGGACACUUUUCAUGGCUUCAAACCAAUCGUGCAGGCACAGGUCAACGAGGCAAAGGCAGCAAAGGCAGCUGUUAAUGGUAAAACAUCACGCUGGACUCAGAGGCAUGCAACUGCAUGUUCCCAAUUGCUGAAAGCCACAGGUGAAUAUGAGAAGGAGUAUGGAGUCAAUCCAACUGACCUGCUUGCAAAUGAGUACAUGUCGGAUUAUGCCAGCGGACCAGAAGAUGACGAUGAACUGAAGACUGGCUGGAAGCUUCACAUGGCCAAACUUGCAGGAUUCAACAUUGAAGCAUUGCCAGAAGAUGUAUAUGCUCAGUUGACAUUCUGGGAGCACAUCCGACCAUGCUGGCGAAGUCAAGAGUUCACAGACAUACUUUACCGGCUCAAAGACAAAUACAAUGAGUUGCGAACUGAGCAUGAGAGAAAGAUGGUCUGCCCAAUUCGAGUGAUGAAUAGCGGGCACAACACUGUUGUACCAGCUACCAAGGCACCCUAUAACUUUGGGAUUGAUGAGGCAUGGUGGAACGAGCAUCAAGAUGACCCAGAGUACACUUACCUUCUUUCUGAUUGGAAUCGCUAUGAAGAUCCUGCUGGUUUUGGCUCAAACAAAUUAGAAGAAGCUCAAGGAGAUGGAGACGCACCUUCUGGGGACACAUCUGGAGAAGAAAACCUUGUGUAA